AAAUGAUUUGUCAAGAACUGUUUUAUCAUGAGAGCUGAUUACAACAGUUGAAACCAUCAUCUGGACGUGCUUUUUCUGACAUUACAUUUUUCUACACAGUCAUACCAAAAAGGAAAGCCGCUUUGCAGGUAUGUGAUCCUGCAACCUCAGUUCUUUCGCCUGAGUCCAGCCACCCUCUGUCGAAAAUAGGUAACGCACCACCCGAGUAAAAAUCAAUUAGUUUCCAAGCAAGCCAGGAUCGCGAAGAUGGGCUCCGGUCAGAGUGCGCGCAAGCUGACAAUUUCCAAUGAGGAGAAGGUUGGUGUCAUCAAGGUGUCCAAUGCUGUGGUGCAGCGUCUUCAAGGAUCCGAAAAUACCACUGGUACCCAGGAUGUAAGAAGUAGUCAUCCACCACAACCUGCUCUCGCAGCAUCUCAGGCUCAGGAGAGCCAAUUAGCCACUGGUUAUCCAGUAUACUAUCCAGAAUAUACUAUAUCUGCCCUUGAAAUGCAACAGCAGAAGGAGAAAGAACUUAAUACUCAGGACCAGUACUGGCAGAGACGUCUUCGAAACCUAGAGAGAAAUCAUGAAAAGAUUAAUCAGAUCCUUGACGCUGAGUAUAGAAAAGCUAUUGAAGAGUUCUCUGAUGGACAAGGUGGUAAGCGGGUCUCUGUGAAAUCCACUGUAGUUCCAUGUGUGGGAAAUAGUAACAAAGUACUCAAAUGCUAUCAGGAUCAUCCGAAAGAAACUCUGAAAUGCUCGAAUUUAGUAGAGGACUUCUACAAUUGUGUAGACCAACAUCGUACCACUCUGAUCGCAUCGCGCUGCUAAUAAAGCGCGGAUUGUUAGCCACCUUCUAUAUCGCGUGUUCCGUUGCUAGGAAGUACCAUUUAGUUUCUAUUAAAAUUGUACAGCAGUUCAUUUAAAUAAAAUAUUUAUUAUAAUAUCUGCACAGCAAAUGUCAAGGAUUUUUUUGAUAUUGGACAGGUGCAGAUUGAGUCCUCAGAGAGGACCCUCAACAAUGUUGUACAGCAAUUUUUAAUAAAAUGUUUAUUGUUGCAUUUA